AUGUCUAAUAUCACUGAACUCCGCGAGAAGAUAUUCGAAAGGACAGAGGCACAACGACUUGUUAUUAAAGUACAUACUGAAAAGCUGGAUUCUCAUGAUUAUCGUGUCUCAGCAAGCAAAUUUGUCAACGAAAUCUUUCCGAACUGGGAGCACGAUAAUCGAGUCCGUUUCCUCGCUAUUGAAAUAAGGGGAGAUCGCACUUUUUUCGCCAUCGAUAUCAAUAAUUUUGAUUAUAAUUUCGACACGGCACAUGAAACGAAAACUAUUCUUCCAGUCUAUGCUGUUUGGCAACAUAAAAGAAAGGGAUGGUUUACCGUAAGGUGGCCUCAAGAAGAUGGACCUCUUGCUACAAAACUAGCUGAGCUCCAUACACUCAAUGGUUUUGAUGCCAUAACACCUUUCCUUGCAGACUACAAUACGCGUGUUGUAUAUGACAACCCGCGUGAUCUCUCUACGAAUCGGCAGCGUCUCCACGCUGAACUUCCCCUCAAUCCAUCAAACGAGGUAUGA